CGGUUUUAUGCACUGACAGCAUCGCUCGGCAGCCCUGGGUUUUACCCCCCUUUCCCUUCUCCUCUCCCCCGGUGGCAGCUCUACGGUUUCACCCUCCCUGUAGAUCUGAGUCGAGGAACUCCUGGCUGGGAAGCCCUUUGGCCGCGACGGACACGUAUUUACGUUUCGCGGAUGCACGCUUAGGUUUCCCAGGCGUGCCUGGAGUUGGGGAUGAUGCACAGUCUGUGUGUUGUCAGGAGGCAGAGCUGCAGGAGCGAGCUCCUCAUCUGAAGUGGAGGAUGGAGGGUAGGACUGGCACCGGCGAUGCUGUCUCUGCAGACAGGAGGGCCGCAGCACACUUCACAGCUCCAUCCAGGACGUUCUGGAUCGUCUUGUCCGUUGCCUUGUUUUUUGCAGUAGUUGGCAUCAGCGUCGUGGGGGUUCUCAGCUUCUCCCCCAGCCCUGCCCAGGCUGGCUCGCAGCUCCUCCGGCUAACGCUCCAGGGCCAGCAAGACCCCCUGAGGAAUCAGACAGCCUUGGUGGACAAGUCCAGGAGCACCGUGACCUACUACGUAACCUCGCAGAGUAACCACACCACCGUGGUGCUGUAUGACAGCAGGAACGGCUACGUGUGCUACAAGCCCAUGGAGCAGCGUACGUGCUACCUGCGGAGGAUGGACGCCUGGGACGUCCAGACCCUACAGACAUCUCUCAACGCGUCUGAGCAGAGAGCUGAUCAGCUGCUACGUCAGAAUAACGAGACCGAGUACUACCUGGAGUUCCUGGGCAUUCUGGCGGGGGAACAGGUGGACCCCAAAAGCCUGGGGGAAGCUGUCCAGACCCUGUGCGAACAGACAUCCAUCUUCUGGGUCAGGAGAGGGGAAGGUCCGGGGAAGCAGCGGCUGAUCUACCUUUGCAUUGACAUCUGUUUUCCAAGCAACAUUUGUGUGUCUAUCUGCUUCUAUUACCUCCCUGAGUAAGUCCUGCAGCUGUGGAUGCCCUCUUGCUGCUCUAAAUACUUGAACUGGAUUCCUGAAAAGCCUCUGAUUUCAACAAGGAAGGUAAUAUCUACAAUAUCCCCCAAAAGCUUCCUGCUGAUUUCAUGCUGCAGUUCAGGAGAGUUUAGAAAAAUAACAGGACUCUGCUCAGCACUGUCAGUACAGACAUUUUAUUUGCAGCUGUGCUCCAGGGCUGCAUCUUGUACGUAGGUAUUAGGAGAUCCAGGCCUAGAGGAACCACGUGGAAUAGCUAGUGUUUUAUGGCUACAUGCCCUGUUCAACAUGAGGUUAUUAAAUUUUUGGGGGGUGGUUGGCUUUAUAAGAGUGCAGCUCUCCAAGCAAGUCUGUGAAAUACACUUUGAAUAAAGGGAUUGCAAAACAAGAAAACAGCUGCCUUUCCUGUCUUUGCUCAGCCUCUUCGAUCAUUUAGAAAGGCUGAUUUAUUUUUUUUUUCCACUCUGCGGUACAAGAACAUCCCAAAGCUGUCAGCAGCUGAUGCCACAAGGAUUCCUCCAGCUGAACUGUACCCAGCUCCCCUCUGUGGGACCGUGGCUCCCCCUCCCAUUCCCUUUUGUCCACGCGGCCUCCCUUAGAGGCCACACACGUUUCAGUAAUGAUCUGCUCGGAGCUGAAGCCUGGUCUCGCUCCAAGCAGAUGCAGUUGCUUCUGCAAGAGACCGAGUCCUCUCCGUCAGAGGAGGGGAUGGUUACAAGUGUGUGUCUCGGGCUCCAGGGAGGGUGCUUGCCACUGUAAGACAAGGGAAAACAAGCAGAGGUCCUUUCC